AGUUCAACUAAUUCUGAUAAAGCAUUAUUCAGAAACAUAAUUGAUGGGAGACUUACAUAAGGUUUGUUUCUGAUUUCAUAAUUGGCAAAGCUGAGAUAGUGAAUCCUGACUGUUGAAGGGUGCAUGGUGUGAAUCUUUUCACGCAGUAUUUGAAUGACUGGGUGAAUAUUUGGAAGGACUUCUGAAUUAUUUUGGCUGCAACAGAACUCCUCACUGGAUGAUGUGCUCUUGUAAUUGAUCGUAGCAACUGCAUAAGCCACACAAGCAAAUAGAACAUGUAUGCCCAGGACUUAAUCUGGAGGUUCAUAGCUAGACAGAUCUGUACAAGUGGCGUUGUGUUCAGGUGUAACUGACAGGUGAUUGCAAAGAUGUCUAAAACUAACAAAUCCAAAUCUGGCUCCCGUUCCUCCCGUUCGAGAUCUGGAUCAAGAUCACGCUCCCGAUCCUUCUCCAAAUCUCGGUCCCGGUCUCGCUCUGUGUCACGGUCGAGGAAGCGCAGGCUUAGUUCUAGGUCUCGCUCCAGGUCCUAUUCUCCAUCUCAUAACAGAGAAAGGAACCAUCCAAGAGUGUACCAGAAUCGGGAUUUCAGAGGCCAUAAUAGAGGAUACAGGAGACCCUAUUAUUUCCGUGGCCGUAAUCGAGGGUUUUAUCCAUGGAGCCAGUAUAACCGAGGAGGGUAUGGAAAUUACAGGUCAAACUGGCAAAAUUAUCGUCAAGCGUAUAGCCCUCGUAGAGGGAGGUCACGUUCUCGCUCACCCAAGAGAAGGUCUCCUUCACCAAGGUCUAGAAGCCAUUCUAGAAACUCUGAUAAGUCAUCAUCUGAUCGGUCAAGGAGGUCUUCCUCUUCCCGAUCCUCCUCAAAUCACAGCAGAGUGGAGUCUUCCAAGCGUAAGUCUGGAAAGGAGAAAAAAUCAUCUUCCAAGGAUACCCGUGCGUCUCAGGCGGCAGGAGAUACUCAAGGCGAUGAUUCGAAGGAGCAAACGUUUUCAGGAGCGGCAGCUCAAGACACCAAGGCCUCUGAGGGAUCAAAACAGUGGCAAGAUGUGAGCACCUAUGGCACAGGUUCAGCGUCGAGAGCUGCUGGGCCUGAGCUUAGCCCGCGGGAGCGCAGCCCUGCCUUGAAAAGCCCUCUGCAGUCGGUCGUGGUAAGGCGGCGUUCCCCGCGGCCCAGCCCGCUGCAGAAGUCGAGCCCCCCGCUGUCCGGCCAGUCGCAGCUGAGCUCUGCUUUGCCAAGCAGCACCUCCUUUCAGGCCGCUUCCCACCAGAGUCCCUUUGAGCACGGCUCUGGGGGGCUGAGCCCAACAAGGAAGAGCCCGGUGUGCAAAAGCCCCACGCCGCUGGGUUCGGUGUACAGCGCGGCUCAGAAGGAGGACAGUGCGGCUCCCGGAGGAGGAGCCUUCUCCAAAAGGUAUCUGGAAGAGCAGAAGACUGAGAAUGGGAAAGACAAGGAACAGAAAAUAACAAAUGUUGAAAAAGAAAAAUCAAAAGAAAAAGGGAGUUUCUCUGAGUUGGGAUCGACAGAUGGAAAGGCAAAAUCUGACUCCUACGCUUCCAAAACUGACUCCGAGAAGGGAUACCGUGGCAGUCAGUCACCCAAACGCUAUAAGUUCCGUGAUGACUUUGAGAAGGUAAAGGAGUUCCAUAAGGAAAGUCACUACAGCAAAGAGGAAGGAGAUGAGCAGGAGAAGAAGGACAAGGCCAAGGGCCGAAAAGAUUCCGAAUUUGAGGAGGAGCCCAAAUUUAUGUCCAAAGUGGUAGCAACAACUAGUAAAGGCCAGGAUGAGGAUCGGCCAGGAAAAUGGGAAGGCCUAGUGUUCCUACCACCUGGAAAAGAGAAGCAAAGGAAAGGUGAUGAAGCAGAGGAAGAAAACUAUUCUGAGAGAUCUAAGAAAGAAGAGAGACCAGCCUCCAAGCGAGCUGAACCAGGUCACAGGGGAUUUGUCCCUGAAAAGAAUUUCAGAGUGACCACUUACAAAGCAAGCCAGGAAAAAAGUUCUUCCCCACCACCAAGGAAGACUUCAGAGGUGAAGGAGAAGCCAGGAGCCAAAGGAGAUGGACUGGCUCCUGGCAAAUCCUCCUUUUCCAUUACCCGUGAGGCCCAAGUCAAUAUCCGAAUGGAUUCAUUUGAUGAAGAUCUCGCACGUCCAAGUGGCAUACUGGCCCAGGAGCGGAAGCUGUGUCGGGACCUUGUGCACAGCAACAGAAAGGAGCAGGAAUUUCGUUCUAUUUUCCAUCAUAUUCAGUCUGCCCAGUCUCAGCGAAGUCCUUCUGAACUGUUUGCUCAACAUAUAGUGACCAUAGUCCAUCACGUAAGAGAGCAUCACUUUGGGUCGUCAGGAAUGACACUGAAUGAACGCUUUACAAAAUACCUAAAGAAAGGAAUGGAACAAGAAGCAGCUAAAAACAAAAAGAGCCCCGAAAUCCACAGGAGAAUAGAUAUUUCUCCCAGUACUUUUAGAAAACAUGGAUUCUCCCAAGAGGAAACGAAAACUUCCAGAGAUCCUAGCUUCAAGGCUGAAGGGAAAUAUAAGGACGACCCUGUUGACCUGCGCCUUGAUAUCGAGCGCCGUAAAAAACAUAAGGAAAGAGAUCUUAAACGUGAUAAAUCAAGAGAAUCGGUGGACUCAAGAGAUUCAAGUCACUCAAGGGAAAGAUCAGCUGAGAAAACUGAGAAGACUCACAAAAGCUCAAAGAAAAAGAAACACCGGAGGGUGCGUGAGAGAUCCAGGUCCAGUUCGUCAUCUUCACGGUCCUCCCAUUCACUGAAAGCAGAGGAAUACACCGAAGAGACGGAGGAGAGGGAGGAGAGCACCACGGGUUUCGACAAGUCCCGACUUGGCACCAAGGAGUUCACUGGUCCGAGCGAGAGGGGAAGAGCUAGAGGGACUUUCCAGUUCAGAGCCAGGGGGAGAGGCUGGGGCAGAGGCAGCUUCUCGGGCAACAACAACAGCAGCGGUGGCGGCAACAACGACUUUCCGAAGCGAACCAGAGAGGAGGAGUGGGACCCCGAGUACACCCCCAAGAGCAAGAAGUACUACUUGCACGAUGACCGAGAGGGCGAAGGAGCCGACAAGUGGGUGAACAGAGGCCGCGGGCGCGGAGCCUUCCCGCGAGGAAGAGGCCGCUUCAUGUUCCGCAAGUCGAGCACCAGCCCCAAGUGGGCGCACGACAAGUUCAGCGGCGAGGAGGGCGAGAUCGAGGACGACGAGAGCGGAGCGGAGACGCGCGAGGAGAAGGAGGCCCUGCAGGCGGCCGCCGAGUAGCCCGGGGUCCCGCCUGCCCAGAGCCCCGCGACCCUCCUCGCCGGCACCUCGCUCCAUGGCCGGUUGGUUUCCUUUUCCUUUUCUUGGCCACAGGCUUUGAAGACAACGUGGAUUUCGGUUUGUGCCCAUCCUACCCCCGUAGUCUUGACGUUUGUUUUUCUUUUUUUUUAUAAUUUGAAAUAGUAGAGGUUGGGAUUAACUCGACAGGUUAAAUUUUUCUCCCCUAUUGUGUAUUCAAUUUUUUAAAUUCAUACUCUACUUCUUUUAGGCCUUUACGUAUGUAGUAGUAACAUCAAUUAAAUGAUAAUUUUGGAAACUAUUUUUGGUUCUUAUAAAUAAGAAAACAAUGAAGCAUGUGAAUAAACAUCUAAAUGUUAACUUGUUGGGACCAAACUGCGAUGAUUUUUGUUUUGUUUUUUUUAACUUUUGUUUUUAAAUGUAACAGUUGAGUUUAGGGCCUUUUAAGAACCAUUGUUUUUCUUUUAUGUUGAAAGUUAACAAAAUUAGCAUGGUUAAAAAGAAAAAACCCUUUCCCCCGGUCUUCACCGGUGGGUAGCGUGUGCACUGCUAGGCUGGUGCGUGCCCGAGCCCCCCGGCUUUAGGCACUUGGUGUCUCCUCCUCCCAGCCCUCUGCCCCGCAGUGCUCUUGCCAGGGUAAUAGUUUUCUAAGGAACUUCAGAAUUCUACUAGGUUAAAAAUAUAAAAGGAGAUGAGAAUUUUUCAAUAUUUUUUAUUAAUGUUUUUAUAAGACGAGGCAGGUCGCUGCUGUGCUGGCUGAGGAGGGCGGUUCCGGGCUCUUUCCUUCGCCCGGGGCCUGCAGAGG